AAAAUAAUUUAUUUGUUUUAAUUUUACAAAUUUUGUUUUAUUAAAAAAAAUCAACAAAUAAUGAGUUUGAAAGCACACGGCGGUGGACUCAUCACUGGUAUCGCCGGUAUUCCCAAUAAGUUUACAGUGUUUACGAGUGGCAAAAGUGUUACCGGACUUACUGUCGCUUUUGAAGGUCCAUCGAAACCGGAGAUCAACUUUCAUAACAAUAAAGACGGUUCGGUAGACGUGGCCUAUACACCGAAAACUGGCGGCGACUACAAGAUUCACGUUAAAUAUGAAAACAAAGAGAUUAUUGGCAGUCCUUUUAGUUGUCGGAUAACUGGCGAUCAUAAAACACAUAAACAAUACGUCGAUAAGAUUAAGGUCAGCGGUCCUAAUCUGGCCACCGGUUCGGUCAACAAGACUAACGAAGUUCACGUUGACUGCAAGGAUGCCGGCAUAACGGGAGGCAUCAAUUUUGCUAUGGAGGGGCCCUCACAGCCUAAAGUUAAUUUUAUAAACAAUAAAGACCUUUCAAUUACUGUUCAAUUUGAGACAGCAGUGGCCGGCGAUUAUAGGUUGCACCUGAAGUUUCAAGAUCUGGACCUACCCGGCAGCCCAUACUCCAUAACUAUUAAUUAAUA